GCAGCCGUGCUUCGGCGCGGCUCCGCUUUCCCGCCGCGCUUCGUUCCCGCGCGGGGUGCGGCGAAGGGCCGCGAUUGGGGCAUGUCUCUGAGUGGAGCCCUGAAGCGACAUGAUUGACUACAGCGAGGAUUGGUUGAUCUCCACCCUCUUCAGGCUUCAAGGCUCGGUGGCCCCACGCGCCUGUUUCUUUGCGGUGCCCACCGCACUGGUAGCGCUGUUCUUGGCUUAUGCUGAUCAAUGGGUCGGACCCGAGUUCCGUCAGUCCUCAGGGAUUUUGGAAGCUCAGCAGAGUCAGCUUUGGCAAGCGGCCACCGGGGUGCUCUUCAGUCUGCUGAUCUUCCGAAUCAAUCGGGCUAUGGCACGUUUCUGGGAGGGCACGGGCUUGCUGCAUCAGAUGCGUGGCGAGUGGUUUGACUCCGUGAGUUGCUGCGUGACCUUCACCCGCGCAGGCGUCAAGGAUCGGGAGAAGGACACCAUGGCCUUUCGUCAUACGAUCGUGCGGCUAAUGAGCUUGUGCCACGGUACGGCGCUCAAAGAGAUUGGCGGCGAGGACGCGGACGACUGCGAGACGAUCGACCCCCAGGGGUUGGACAAUGGCACCUUGCAUCACCUGCAAACCUGCAGCGAGCAUGGUUUUAAUCGUGUGGAAGUGCUACUCCACCUGAUCCAGUCAUUGAUCACGCAAAGCCUGGACGAUGGUAUCAUCCGCGUCCCGGCACCGAUCAUCUCCCGAGUCUACCAGACCCUCUCGCGAGGUUUCGUGAACCUGCUCAACGCGAAGAAGAUCGCGGACACCCGCUUCCCCUUUCCCUUCGCGCAGCUCAUCUCCUUACUGCUCUUCGUCAACGUGAUCUUGACGCCGAUCUUGGUGACCUCGAUCUUCACACAACCGGCUUUGUGUGUGAUUUUCUCCUUCAUCCCCAUUUUCGGCAUGUCUUGCCUGAACUUCAUCGGCGUGGAGUUGGAAAACCCCUUCGGGCAAGAUGACAAUGACUUGCCGCUGGAUCAUUUCCAGGAUGAGAUGAACAACUGUUUGCUCAUGCUGCUUCACAGCAGCGCCGAUCUGCUGCCAGAUGUGGAUUCCAUGCGCUGUAUGACGGAUGUGGAUGAGAUCAGAGAGAUCAUGAUGGAGUCGCGCUAUCUCGAUCCAUCCUUCCCAUCCAGGCCUGGCACGCCGAGGACGUCUUCCACACCAAAGAAGCCGGGACCACCGCGCCGAACGCUGUCCAAUAGCCUGGAGACCGCGGAAUCUGCUUCACCGGGCAGUCAGGACAAUGCCUUGUUGUCCGCGAUACCCUGCAACGACGACCGGAUCAUUGAGUCCUCCAAAGAGGAGAAGAAUCGACCGAAGCACGGCGAAGGGAAAUGGAAGACCGAGGAACAACUGAAACAUGAGGCGAUGCUUCAAGGCUUGGAGAGAAUGAUCGGCAACUUGCAAAGCAUCAAGACCGCGGUGGAGGAGCAAGCUAAGAAGGUCUCGCAGAGCACGGCGGCGAUGGCCGAGUUCUGCGAACACCUGGAUGACAUGCUCAAGAAGAAGAUUAACCCCAACAGAAGCGGCGACAGAGUGGCGCCUCGGCGACGGAACUGGGAAUGCUCAUUGAUGAGGUGUACAUGAGGCAUUCGUUUCGCCGCGGUGAGAGAUGGGAACAAACACGUUUCCGUGGGGCACCUGGCUCGCCAUGGCAGAGGUGCAAAAACAACGAGAUA